AUGUACACAGACACCUUAAUGGAACUGCUUAGUGACAAGAACGAGAGACUAGGAUACCUAGAAGGUGUGGAUCAACUACUAAGUCAAAAAGGAGUUUUUAAUGAUAAAGCACAGGUCACUUUCAUCACGGGCGAUGCUGGGACUGGCAAAUCUAUAUUGCUUCAACAGUCACAGAGUCUCUGGUCCAAAGGUGAACUGGACACAGGGGCGAGGUUCCUCUUCGCGUUCUCCUGCAGACAGUUCAGUGCAUUCCAAGAGUCGGAUAAGAUUUCUCUUUGGGAUCUCAUCUUCAAGCAUAACUACACAUGCCCAGAUGGAGAUAUGAGAAACAACGUUGUUGAAUGCAUCCUUAAGAACCCAGAGAUGGCGAUCUUUACAUUUGACGGAUAUGAUGAGAUCAACAGUAAUUUUGAUCAGGGAACCGACUAUGAGAUCUCCUCAACUGAGGAGACAGCACAUCCAUUAGUGUUGCUGAAGAGCCUACUCAGCGGGAAGUUACUCAAUGGGUCGCAGAAGGUUGUGACAGCUCGAACUGGCACAGAAUUCCUGAGUAUGUUGGUUCGAAAGAGGGUAAUUCUAAAAGGCUUCUCAAUUGAUCAGUUGCAGAAGUACACUGACAAAUAUUCCCACGGAAAUGAGGAUCAGAAGCUGGUUAGUGUCCAAAUAAACUCUAACCACCUCCUCCAAAGCCUCUGCCUAAUUCCUCUGUUCUGCUGGAUUGUCUUUGAGAGUUGCAGUCAAUCGGUGGAGAUCUUGAAAACUUUGGAUCAUGGUGUGACCCUAACCAGUAUCUUCAUGGUCCUGAAGAACAGAUGA